AUAUAUUGAUAUUCCCCUCAAGACUUUCUCUGUCACAGUCUAGUUUCUCAGCUGCUCCUAAAACCCUAGUAACCAUUUUUUCUUCCAUCGUCGAAGGUUCAUCUGAGCUCGUCUCCCCCAUCGAAAUCUCUCUCUUCAACAAUGGCCGACCCAUCGGAGUCUCUCGCCUCGAUCGCCGGGUUGGUCUCCACCUCCUCCACCAAGAAGCGUCUUCGGAUUUUCCGCGACGAAAUCCCUCCAAUUCUCGUCAAUUCAGAAAUGAAUGCGGAAUUGGCUUCAUUGUUAGUGGAUAUAGUAUUCAAGACGUUGUAUAUUUACGAUGACCGAGGUUCGAGAAGUGCCGUUAAUGACGUGAUUACGAACGUACUAGGUGAGACUAUCUUCAUGAAAAGCUUCGCGGCGGCGCUUGUUCAGGCAAUGGAGAAGCAAGCGAAGGUCCAGUCAUUCGUUGGCUGCUUCAGACUUCUUCAGUGGUCGUGUUUCUUGCUUAGUAAGAGUCAGUUCGCCACAGUUUCGAAGAGUGCUUGUUGUAGAUUAGCCACAGUACAGGCGUCGUUACUUCAUAUCGUUACCCAACGAUCUGUGCGCGAGCGAAAGGCCUGCAAGCAGGCGUUUUUUCUGUUAUUUUCUCAGUCACCGGAUAUAUACAAAAUUUACAUAGAGGAAUUAAAGGAUGGGCGGAUCCCAUACAAAGAUAGUCACGAGUUGGUAUGGUUAUUAAUGGAGUUCUCCAGUACCUCAAGUAAAGCACCUUCUUUAUUUGAACAGGGCAAGCCAACGUUUCUUGAUAUAUACGUUAAAGCAGUUCUAAGUUCGAGAGAGAAGCCUGCAAAGGGUCUUAGUGAAGCAUUUCAACCCCUUUUUAAGCAUAUGUCACAUGAGGAUUUUCAAAGUAUUGUGGUUCCAGCUGCUGUUAAAAUGCUGAAGCGGAACCCUGAGAUUGUAUUGGAGUCAGUAGGAAUUCUUUUGAGAUCGGUCAAUCUGGAUUUGAGCAAGUAUGCUCUUGAAAUUCUUUCAGUGGCAUUGCCUCAGGCUCGGCAUGCUGAUGAAGACAGAAGGAUAGAAGCAUUGGCAAUAGUAAGCUGUUUGAGCAAAAAGUCAAGUAACCCAGAUGCUUUAGAGGCAAUGUUUAAUGCUGUAAAAGCUGUAAUUGGCGGCUCAGAAGGAAGACUUGCAUUACCUUACCAGAGAAUUGGCAUGAUCAAUGCACUGCAAGAGUUGUCUAAUGCUCCGGAUGGGAAACACCUCAAUAGCCUGUCACGAACAAUAUGCAGCUUCCUUCUAUCUUGCUACAAGGAUGAUGGCAAUGAGGAGGUUAAGCUGGCAGUUCUGUCAGCUUUGGGAUCUUGGGCAGCACGAUCUGCUGAUGUGGUCCAACCCGAUGUUGUUGCAUUCAUUGCUUCUGGCCUUAAGGAGAAGGAAGCUUUAAGAAGGGGGCAUCUUCGGUGUAUACGAGCCAUAUGCAAAAAUGCUGAUGCUGUUUUACGAGUGUCAUCAUUACUGGUGCCUCUCGUCCAACUUGUGAAAAUUGGUUUUACAAAGGCAGUUCAACGUUUGGAUGGCAUAUAUGCCUUGCUUAUAGUUGGAAAAAUAGCAGCUGUUGACAUAAAAGCAGAGGAGACUAUUAUGAAGGAAAAGAUCUGGUCUUUGGUAUCUCAAAACGAGCCUUCUCUUGUACCAAUAAAUAUGGCCUCAAAAUUAUCAAUUGAAGAUUGCAUGGCGUGUAUUGAUCUUCUUGAGAUGCUGGUGGUGGAACAUUUGCAUAGGAUAUUAGAUACCUUUUCUAUAAGAUUGCUCUUACAGCUCAUAAUAUUUUUAGUAUGCCGCCCGUGUUGGGAAAUUCGAAGAAGGUCUUAUGAUGCUACGAAAAAGAUAAUUGCUUCUGCUCCGCAGUUAACUGAAACUCUACUACUCGAAUUGAUAAAUUAUUUGUCUCUUGCUGCGGAGAAGCUCUAUAUUUCAAAAACAAGUGACACAGAUAAUUCAUUGGACACUCAAGCGCCUUUUCUUCCAUCUAUUGAGGUUUCAGUAAAGGCUUUAGUUGUGAUAUCAUCAGCGGCUCUUGCUGUAAAUCCAAGUACAUCUAUGCAAGUGAUGCUCUGUGCACAUCAUCCAUACAUAGUUGGCACUGCAAAAAGGGAUGCAAUUUGGAGGAGACUAUGUAAAUGCUCUCAAGCAUGUGGUUUUGAUGUCAUUGCUAUUAUAUCAGCUGAUGUGGAGAAUUUGUGCAAGGGCCUACUUGGACCAACGGGGUUGAUGAGUGCUAAUCCACUUGAACAACAAGCAGCAAUUUCAUCAUUUUCCACUUUGAUGUCCAUAUCACCAAGAGAAACUUAUUUAGAGUUUGAGAAGCACUUGACAAGUCUUCCAGACAGAUUUUCACAUGAUACACUUACAGAGGAUGAAAUUCGGAUUUUCCGCACUCCUGAAGGUGUGCUUUCCAAUGAGCAAGGUGUUUACGUUGCAGAGUCUGUUGCUACUAAGAACGUAAAGCAAGCCAAGGGCCGCUUCCGGAUGUAUGAUGAUGAAGAUGAUGCGGGCAAUGUUGUUUCCAAUCAUUCUGUGAAAAGAGAACAAGCUGGUAGAGACGCUAGCGGUGUUGGAAAAAGGGAACCUAUGAAGUCAACUAAGAAACCUGACAAAGCAAAGACUGCAAAGGAGGAGGCACGGGAAUUACUACUUAAGGAGGAAGCAUCUAUUCGUGAGAGAGUAUGGGAAAUUCAAAAGAAGUUGUCUCUGAUUCUUAGGACUCUUGGAGAGGUGGCUGUUGCAAAUCCAAUUUUUGCGCAUAGUCAGCUAUCUUCUCUGUUCAAGUUUGUUGACCCACUGUUAAGGUCACCUAUAGUAGGUGAUGUGGCCUAUGAAACCAUGGUCAAGCUCUCAAGAUGCAUCGUUGCACCUCUUUGUAAUUGGGCCCUCGACAUUGCCACUGCUUUACGCUUGAUUGCAACUGAUGAAGUUAGGGUUCAGUUCGAUCUGAUUUCUUCCAGUGGUGAAGGGGAAGAAAAUGAAAUACCUUCUUUAGGUCUUUUUGAGAGAAUUGUUAGUGGCCUUUCUGUAUCCUGUAAAUCAGGAGCUCUACCUGUAGAUUCCUUUACUUUUGUCUUCCCGAUAAUGGAGCAAAUCCUGUUGUCCUCUAAGAAGACAAGCCUCCAUGAUGAUGUGCUUCGUAUUCUUUACAUGCACAUGGAUCCCCUUUUGCCCCUUCCCAGGCUUCGGAUGCUAUCAGUCCUUUAUCAUGUUCUUGGUGUCGUCCCAGGUUAUCAAGCAUCUAUUGGCCCUGCACUGAAUGAGUUAUGUUUAGGUCUGCAACCAGAUGAAGUGGCACCUGCUCUAUAUGGAGUUUACACAAAAGAUGUUCAUGUAAGAAUGGCCUGCUUGAAUGCCGUAAAGUGUGUCCCUGCUGUGUCUAGCCGAUCUCUUCCGCAAAAUGUUGAGAUUGCUACAAGCAUUUGGAUUGCAUUGCACGAUCCACAAAAGUCAGUUGCUGAAGCAGCUGAAGAUUUAUGGGAUCGUUAUGGCUAUGAUUUUGAAACUGAUUAUUCGGGACUUUUUAAAGCUCUUUCCCACAUUAAUUACAAUGUAAGGUUGGCUGCUGCGGAGGCAUUAGCUGCUGCUUUGGAUGAAUGUCCCGAUACCAUACAGGAAUCUCUGUCCACUUUAUUUUCUUUGUACAUCCAUGAUGCUGGUUUCAUCGAGGACAAUCUUGAUGCUGGUUGGCUAGGCCGACAAGGAGUUGCUUUGGCAUUACAUUCUGCUGCUGAUGUAUUGAGGACAAAAGACCUUCCGGUUGUCAUGACAUUUUUGAUUUCACGAGCACUGGCAGAUCCUAAUGCAGAUGUUCGAGGAAGAAUGAUUAAUGCUGGUAUCAUGAUUAUCGACAAGCAUGGCAGAGAAAAUGUUUCCUUGUUAUUUCCCAUCUUUGAGAACUACUUGAACAAAAAGGCAUCGGAUGAAGAGAAAUAUGAUUUGGUUCGUGAGGGUGUUGUUAUUUUCACUGGAGCUUUGGCAAAACAUUUGGCAAAGGAUGAUCCUAAAGUCCACACUGUUGUGGAAAAGUUGUUAGAUGUUUUGAACACUCCGUCGGAAGCUGUACAACGAGCGGUCUCUGCGUGCCUUGCCCCAUUAAUGCAAUCAAAGCAGGAUGAUGGACCAGCUCUUGUUUCCAGGCUGUUGGAUCAAUUGAUGAAGAGCGAAAAGUAUGGGGAACGACGUGGUGCAGCUUUUGGGCUUGCUGGAGUAGUCAAGGGAUUUGGGAUACCUUGCUUGAAGAAGUACAACAUUGUGGCUGUACUACGAGAAGGUCUUGCAGAUAGGACUUCUGCAAAAUGCCGUGAAGGAGCUUUGCUCGAAUUUGAGUGCCUCUGUGAAACACUUGGACGCUUGUUUGAACCGUAUGUAAUUCAAAUGUUACCAUUACUUCUUGUUUCCUUUUCUGAUCAAGUUGUUGCUGUUCGAGAAGCUGCUGAGUGUGCUGCUCGUGCAAUGAUGUCUCAACUUAGUGCGCAGGGAGUGAAGUUGGUCCUUCCAUCCCUUCUAAAGGGUCUUGAAGAUAAAGCUUGGCGAACAAAACAAAGUAGUGUUCAACUACUUGGUGCUAUGGCUUACUGUGCUCCUGAGCAGUUGUCUCAGUGUCUCCCCAAGAUUGUACCAAAACUCACUGAGGUCUUAACAGAUACCCAUCCUAAAGUCCAAUCAGCUGGGCAAAUGGCACUUCAACAGGUUGGGAGCGUAAUAAAGAAUCCAGAAAUAGCUUCCCUUGUCCCCACUCUUUUGAUGGGUCUUACAGAUCCCAAUGACUACACAAAAUACUCCCUUGAUAUUCUUCUGCAGACAACUUUUGUUAAUUCGAUCGAUGCUCCUUCACUCGCCCUGUUAGUACCAAUUGUACAUAGGGGACUAAGGGAGAGGAGUGCUGACACCAAAAAGAGAGCAGCACAGAUAGUUGGAAAUAUGUGUUCAUUAGUUACAGAGCCAAAGGAUAUGAUUCCAUACAUAGGGUUGCUUCUUCCUGAAGUGAAAAAGGUCCUUGUGGAUCCGAUUCCGGAAGUUCGUUCGGUUGCAGCAAGAGCCCUUGGAUCACUUAUACGUGGAAUGGGUGAAGAAAACUUCCCAGAUCUUGUUCCAUGGUUAUUAGAAACGCUUAAAUCUGAGAAUAGUAAUGUUGAGCGUUCUGGAGCUGCCCAAGGGUUGAGUGAGGUUUUGGCUGCCCUUGGAACUGAGUCCUUUGAGCAUUUACUUCCUGAUAUAAUUCGUAACUGUUCUCAUCAAAGAGCAUCUGUACGUGAUGGAUAUUUAACACUUUUCAAGUAUUUCCCAAGGUCAUUGGGCACCCAAUUUCAGAAAUAUUUGCAGCAGGUCUUGCCUGCCAUUUUAGAUGGUCUUGCCGAUGAGAAUGAAUCUGUUCGUGAUGCAGCGCUGGGUGCAGGGCAUGUCCUCGUUGAACAUUACGCGACAACGUCUUUGCCUUUGCUCCUUCCAGCUGUGGAGGAUGGAAUAUUUAAUGAUAAUUGGCGUAUUCGACAAAGCUCCGUGGAACUGUUAGGUGAUCUUUUAUUCAAGGUUGCUGGAACUUCUGGAAAAGCUCUACUUGAGGGAGGCAGUGACGAUGAAGGUUCUAGUACAGAAGCACAUGGGCGUGCUAUCAUUGAAGUUCUUGGAAAGGAUAGACGUGAUGAGGUCCUUGCGGCAUUGUAUAUGGUUCGGACUGAUGUCAGCAUAUCAGUGCGUCAGGCUGCCUUACAUGUUUGGAAAACCAUAGUUGCAAAUACACCAAAGACUCUGAAGGAUAUAAUGCCAGUCUUGAUGAAUACGUUAAUCACUUCUCUUGCAUCAUCAUCAUCUGAGAGGCGGCAGGUUGCUGGACGAGCACUUGGUGAGCUUGUCCGAAAGCUUGGUGAAAGAGUACUUCCUUUGAUCAUACCAAUUUUAUCCAAAGGGCUCAAGGACUCUGACACUAGCAGAAGACAAGGUGUAUGCAUUGGCUUGAGUGAAGUAAUGGCGAGUGCGGGUAAAAGUCAGUUAUUAAGUUUCAUGGAUGAGCUCAUCCCAACUAUUCGGACAGCACUUUGUGAUAGCACACCAGAAGUUCGAGAAUCCGCAGGCUUGGCAUUCAGCACUCUCUACAAGAGUGCUGGAAUGCAAGCCAUUGAUGAAAUUGUUCCAACGCUUCUGCAUGCUUUGGAGGAUGAUAAAACUUCUGAUACUGCGCUUGAUGGCCUGAAGCAAAUCUUGAGUGUCAGGACAUCAGCUGUUUUACCCCAUAUUUUGCCCAAGCUGGUCCAUCUUCCCCUUUCUGCCCUCAAUGCACAUGCUCUUGGUGCUUUAGCUGAGGUUGCCGGACCUGGUCUAAAUGCUCAUCUUAGCAUUGUUCUUCCCGCUCUACUUUCUGCAAUGGUUGGUGAUGACAAGGAUGUUCAAAAUUUGGCAAGGGAGGCUGCAGAGACUGUGGUCUUAGUCAUUGAUGAGGAAGGUGUUGAAUCUCUUAUUCCGGAGCUUCUUAAAGCCACUGGUGAUAGCCAGGCUCCAAUAAGAAGAAGUUCGGCGUAUCUCAUAGGAUAUUUUUUUAAGAAUAGCAAACUAUAUUUGGUUGAUGAGGUUCCAAACAUGAUAUCCACUCUAAUUGUCUUGCUUAGUGAUUCAGAUUCAGCAACUGUUGCGGUUGCUUGGGAAGCUUUGUCAAGAGUUAUAAGCUCUGUUCCCAAGGAGGUACUCCCGACAUAUAUUAAACUAGUACGUGAUGCUGUAUCUACAUCCAGAGAUAAAGAACGGAGGAAGAAGAAGGGAGGACCAGUUGUCAUACCAGGAUUUUGUCUACCGAAAGCACUUCAGCCAUUGCUUCCUAUAUUUCUACAAGGUCUGAUAAGUGGAUCUGCUGAGUUAAGAGAACAGUCAGCACUUGGUCUUGGAGAACUGAUUGAAGUGACUAGUGAACAAGCAUUAAAAGAGUUUGUCAUCCCAAUUACGGGGCCUCUAAUUCGGAUAAUAGGUGAUCGGUUCCCUUGGCAGGUGAAGAGUGCCAUUCUAUCUACCUUAACCAUCAUGAUAAGGAAGGGUGGGAUGGCCCUGAAACCAUUUCUUCCUCAGUUGCAAACGACAUUUGUUAAGUGUCUACAGGAUGGCACAAGGACCGUACGUUCAAGUGCUGCCCUUGCACUUGGGAAGCUUAGUGCUCUCAGUACCAGGAUUGACCCUUUAGUGGGCGACCUCCUAACCAGUUUGCAGGCGUCAGAUGCUGGUGUUCGUGAGGCAAUUUUGUCUGCCUUGAAAGGUGUUCUGAAGCAUGCUGGGAAGAGUGUUAGCAGUGCUGUCAGAACUCGUGUCUAUGUUAAUAUGAACGAUUUGAUUCAUCACGAUGAUGAUCAGGUUCGGAUAUCUGCUGCAAGCAUAUUGGGUAUUACAUCACAGCACAUGGAAGAUGCUCAGCUAACUGAGCUGCUUCAGGAACUCUCCGAUUUGACGUCCGCUCCUAGCUGGUCUGCUAGGCAUGGUUCGGUACUCACAGUCUCAUCAAUGCUCAGGCACAAUCCAUCUGCAAUUUGUACUUCUACAGUUUUUCCAUCUAUUUUGAGCCAUCUUAAAGGCACCUUGAAAGAUGAAAAGUUCCCUCUCCGUGACGCAUCGACUAAGGCAUUUGGAAGGCUUCUACUUCAUCUAGUUCAGAGUGAUCCAUCCAACACUUCCACACAUUUGGAUAGUAUUUUGUGCCUUGUGUCAGCUUUGCAUGAUGAAUCCAGUGAAGUCAGAAGGCGGGCAUUAUCUUCUCUCAAAGCAGUUGCUAAAGCAAAUCCUUCAGUCAUUGCAGGCCAUGUUAAUGUCAUUGGUCCUGCAAUUGGUGAGUGUUUGAAGGACGGAAGUACUCCCGUGAGACUUGCAGCUGAAAGAUGUGCUCUGCAUAUCUUCCAACUGACAAAGGGUACUGAAAAUGUCCAAGCUGCCCAAAAAUUCAUCACAGGCUUGGAUGCUAGACGAUUAUCGAAGUUUCCGGAUCAUAGUGAUGACAGUGAAGACAGUGAAGACGACUCGACAAGCGGCUGAUUUUUGUUUUUUUUGUUUUGGUCUUCAAGCCACCCACAACUCCGCGCGGUCAAAUUUGUUUGGAAGACCAUUGUUCUCACAGACAAAAAUUAUCCACAGAUAGGAAAAAUAGAAAGCUUCAUACCCAAUUUUUUGGACAUGGGUGUUUCUUAAUCAAACGCAGUCAUCAAUAAUAUCGAGGAUAAUGUAUAGUAAUUAUUAUUUAAGGUAUUUCGUAAUUUAAUCCCGUUUCUGUUGCUGCCAUUUUUGCUAUCUUACCAAAUGUAUUGAAGGGAUGAUGAAAAUUUAUGAAGAGCUGUUCCCGAUUGUAACGAUUCUUGUUCUUUUUUGUUUCUGGUAAAUGUACUUGUUGCGGCGAGGCAUUGGAGCUUCUAUACU